AUGGAUGGCAGAAUUGUCCAAAUAGAGAAGGCUCAAGCUGAAAUGCAAGAGAAUUUAAAGAAAGCGCAAGAGGAUAUGCGUGAACAGAUGAUAAAGGCCCAAAAUGACAUGAUGGAAAAGCUGAGAUUAAGACAAAGAAAUGUCAUCAACUUCAAUGAUAGUGAGCAGCACAAUGUGGCUCAGAACCCACUACCGAACCAUGCAGGGACAGGGGUUAAUGCUGUUAAAGAAAAAGGGAACGGAGUCAUAACCAAAGUCAAUGAAGUGAAGUCACCUAUGCAUUGGAAUAAACAUGCUUUCCCCUACCACCGUUGCGAGGGUCAUGCCAUUCAAAACUGUGAUGAGUUCAAGGCAUUGGUUCAAAGACUGAUGGAUAAUAAAGACAUGGAAUUUUACCAUGAAGCUACGAAAGAUAAAGAGGUAAAGAUUUGCGCUUCUGAAGGCACAUCAAAGGGAGUUUACAAUACUAACUGCCCUUUAGUCAUCACACCGAAAGCCCGAACUAUGGAAAGGUUAAUCCCUAAAGUGGUGAUCACGCCUCCAUCGUCCUUUCCUUAUAAGGACAACAAGCAGGUCCCUUGGAGGUAUGGAUGCCAACUAGAGAAUGUUGAGAGUUUAGAGGGUGCUAAGGAAGAGGUGGAUGAGGUAGGCCACUUCACCAGAAGUGAGAGAUGUUAUUCUCCCAACCAUACCAGUGAACCCGAGAAAAUAACGGCUGCAGACAAAGGAAAAAGCGAAUGCAACAUUGUUGAACAAUUACACAAAUUGCCAACUCGUAUCUCAAUCCUAACUUUACUAUUAAGUUCUGAGGCACAUCGAAACACCUUGUUGAAAGUCUUGAAUCAGACUUUCAUACUGAAAGAUGUGUCAGUGGAAAAGAUAAACCGACUGGUUGCAAAUAUUCAGGCGGAUAACUUCAUCUCUUUCUCUGAUGACGAGAUCCCAUCUGGAAUAAUGGGCAAUCCCAAAGCCCUGCACAUUACCAUCAGGUGCAAGGGGUAUGUGUUAUCACGAGUACUGAUUGACAACGGCUCUGCCCUGAAUGUGAUUCCAUUAGUGACCUUGAAGAAACUGUCGGUCGAUAGUACACACAUGAGAAAUUGCCAAUGCAUCGUUCGAGCUUUCUACGGAAUAAAGAAGGAGGUGAUGAGGAAGAUCGAUAUUCCUUUAACCAUAGGCUCAUCCACCUACAAGGUCGAAUUCCUUGUAAUGGAUAUAAUGUCCUCCUCUAAUUGCUUGUUAAGAAGGCCUUGGAUCCACCAGGAAGGAGCCGUGCCAUCCACUCUGCAUCAGAAACUCAAAUUUGUAAUUGAGGGGAGACUGGUAUGCCUUAAUGCUGAGAAAGAAAUCAUUGCUUCCAUAUGUCGAAAUAGAUGA